AUGGUGGUGUUCAUUAAUUUCCAGUUUAGCUACGAGGAGAAUGGCGACAGCAAUGGCAUGCCGGUAAUAACUCUAGAAGUAAUGUCAGACUGCUCCAACAUCGAGCUCUGUCCCGACGGCAACUCCAGCGAUGCGCCCUCCUGCGCGCCUGAUCCCGACUCGCAACAUCCCGCUGUUCACUUCUUAACCAUUAAAAAAUGUCAAUCUGACGACAUUUCUGACAAUGAAAACUUAGAUGACAAGGAACAAGAGGCAAAUGAAAAUUCAAAGUCCAGGAACGAGCUCUUGGAGUACAUGACUCGCAACGACGGCAGCGUAGUGUGCAAGCUGUGCGGCGAGAUUCUGCAAAGCCGGACGCAUUGGUACAGACACAAAUAUAAACGGCAUGUCAUCCAGCCGUUGAAUCCAGCGCCACUCUUCCAAUGUGAACAAUGUCUCGUGUUCUUUAAAAGCAGGAAAGGCUACAUUGGGCACCUAUCGAGCAGACAUAGUGAAAUUCUGACCGACCCAAGUCCCGUGAUAACCCGAACUGUGUCCGAGGUACCGGGGACGCUGCCGAUGGCCCCCGUCGUGGUGAAGCGCGAGCCGGAACCCGAGGCUGCCGCGCCCCCCGCCCACCCUGCCUGCCAAGCCCCUGUUAAACAAACAUCGACUAAAACUGAAUCAAAGAGAUUAAAUAAGGUUAACAAAGACAAUCGAAAUAAAGAAGAUUGGGAAGAGAAGCGGUACAGAGAGGAGAAGUUGGUGGCAGACAUCAUAGACCGCGUCAAGAGAGAAUGUGAAGCGCAGGGGGGCAACAGCGGCGCGCGGCGCGGCUACACGCGGCGCACCACCGUCAUGCACACGUAG